AUGAACGAGAACAACUACCCGCCAGGUGGCGACACCGACGCGCCCCCGCUCGCGGAGCUGUCCAACGGAAGCCUCAGGCAGCCCCACACAGCCCUGACAAACACCAAGGGGGCUGCGCUCGCGACCAGCUCGCGCCCCGACACCCCCUCGGAUCCCACGGCGCAGCACAUGGACGACGCGGCGCUCGCGGCGAUGCUUCAGGAGCAGGAGAACGCAUGGAUGGACGCUGGGCCUGCAGGAAGCACCUUUGACCAUGCUCCGCGGUUCGCGCUGCCCGCGCACGGGGCGGGAGCCGCGGGCGCGCAGGCUGGCGUGGCGCGGGAGGACAUCGGCGGGGCGGGCGGGGGCGCGCCCGGUGCGUCCGCGGCUGACGCGGCGCGCAGCGGGCGCGGGAGCGACGGCGUCGACUCCGCCAGCGACCGCUCGGCCGGUGCGGGCGACGCGGAGGCGCUGACGGACGAGGAGCUGGCGCGGCGGCUGUGGGAGGAGGAGCGGCGGCAGUACGAGGCGAACCUCCUCGCGCUCGCCGGCGCGGGCCCCGCGGCGGCAGAGGUGCAUGCGCGUCUCGGCAUCACCCCCGACGACGGCGAGGAGGACUCCGGCGACGAGCCCGCCGCCGUCGGCCUCGACGUCGAGCGGCUCUCGUACGAGCAGCUCCUCGAGCUCGGCGAGGUCGUGGGCUCUCAGAGCCGCGGCGCGGCGGCGGCGGCGAUCGCGGAGCUGCGGGAGCUGACGUGGGGCGACGAGGAGUGCCGGGCGGCCGUGGGACGCGCGCAUGCGGACGGCGCUGGCGCUGGCGCGGACGAGGACGAGGAGGAGCAGUGCGCGGUGUGUCGGAUGGAGUACGAGGUCGGUGACGGCGUCAGGCUGCUGACGUGCGGGCACGUGUUCCACUCGGAGUGCAUCGCGCAGUGGCUGGGGAUCAACCGGGCGUGUCCGAUCUGCGGGAAGGACGCGGUGGAGGCGGGCGGCGCGGCGGCGUGA